CGCGCCGCCGUCCGCCAACUCGGAAGCUCGCGCUCCUCGGCCGUGGGGGCGAGAACGCCGGCGGCGGCGAGCCGGCGUCGUCCGCCGCCCCCAGACAGUGGCAAACUUCGCGGCGUCCCCGGAGCUCGCCCGGGCGAGACUGAUACCUUACAAACCAGAUCAAAUCCAGUCACCCCCCCCUCUCCCGCCGCCCCUCAUCCCAACCCGAAUCAUGGAGGCUGCGGCCGCCGAAGUGCCGCCGCUGCCGGCAGCCCCUGCCCACUAGCCGGGGACCAACAGCGCCACAGCGAGUGAGCGAGCGAGGAGGGGGGAGAGGGAGUCUGUCUGCAAAGUGCUGCUCCCUGGUGCUCAGAGGCUGCUGCUCCAGCUCCAACUCUCAUUCAUUUCGCCGGUUAACAUGAGAGAUCAUGGCCGCCUUCGGGCUUCUCAGCUAUGAGCAGAGACCGCUGAAACGCCCCCGGCUCGGGCCGCCAGAUGUCUACCCGCAGGACCCCAAGCAGAAGGAGGAUGAACUUACCGCAGUGAACGUAAAGCAAGGUUUCAACAAUCAGCCAGCCUUUACUGGAGAUGAACAUGGCUCAGCUAGAAAUAUUGUAAUUAACCCAUCAAAGAUCGGAGCUUAUUUUAGCAGCAUAUUAGCUGAGAAGCUAAAGCUUAACACUUUCCAGGACACCGGAAAGAAGAAACCACAAGUUAAUGCUAAAGAUAAUUAUUGGCUGGUUACCGCUCGAUCCCAGAGUGCGAUUCAUAGCUGGUUCUCUGACUUAGCAGGAAAUAAACCACUUGCUAUUUUGGCAAAAAAGGUUCCCAUCCUUAGUAAAAAAGAAGAUGUUUUUGCAUAUUUAGCGAAGUAUUCAGUGCCAAUGGUUCGAGCAACAUGGCUGAUCAAGAUGACGUGUGCCUAUUAUUCUGCUAUUUCUGAAGCGAAAAUUAAGAAACGUCCGGCCACUGAUCCCAAUUUGGAGUGGACGCAAAUAUCUACCAGGUAUCUUCGAGAGCAGUUGGCCAAGAUUUCCGACUUCUAUCACCUGGCUUCCAGCGCGGGCGAUGGCCCUGUCCCUGUGCCACCCGACGUGGAGCAGGCCAUGAGGCAGUGGGAGUACAACGAAAAGCUGGCGUUCCACAUGUUCCAGGAAGGAAUGCUGGAAAAGCACGAAUAUUUGACAUGGAUUUUGGAUGUAUUAGAAAAGAUCAGACCAAUGGAUGAUGAUCUUCUUAAACUCUUAUUACCCCUAAUGCUGCAGUAUUCAGAUGAGUUUGUCCAGUCGGCCUACCUGUCCCGUCGUCUCGCCUAUUUCUGUGCCCGGCGUCUGGCGUUGCUGCUGAGCGACAGCCCCAGCCUCCUUGCUGCCCACUCGCCCCAUGUGAUAAUAGGCCCAAACAGCUCGAGCAUCGGGGCCCCCAGCCCCGGGCCCUCUGGCCCCGGCAUGAGCCCUGUGCAGCUGGCCUUCUCCGACUUUCUUUCCUGUGCACAGCAUGGCCCCCUGGUUUAUGGACUUAGCUGUAUGUUGCAGACUGUUACUCUCUGUUGCCCAAGUGCCUUGGUGUGGAAUUACUCCACAAACGACAGUAAGAGCGCGAACCCCGGCUCGCCCCUAGAUCUGCUGCAGGUGGCCCCCUCCAGCCUCCCCAUGCCGGGAGGAAACACGGCUUUCAACCAGCAGGUUCGGGCAAGGAUUUAUGAGGUAGAACAGCAGAUAAAACAAAGAGGCCGUGCGGUGGAAGUUCGGUGGUCUUUUGACAAGUGCCAAGAGUCAACAGCAGGGGUGACCAUUAGUCGGGUUUUGCACACAUUGGAGGUAUUGGAUCGACACUGUUUUGACCGAACGGAUUCCAGCAAUUCAAUGGAGACGCUUUAUCAUAAGAUUUUCUGGGCAAACCAAAACAAAGACAACCAAGAGGUUGCCCCCAACGAUGAAGCUGUGGUGACGCUGCUGUGUGAAUGGGCUGUGAGCUGUAAACGGUCAGGCAAGCACAGGGCGAUGGCUGUGGCAAAACUCCUGGAGAAGAGACAAGCGGAAAUCGAGGCAGAGAGAUGUGGUGAAUCAGAAGUCUUAGAUGAGAAGGAGUCCAUUUCCUCAGCCUCCCUCGCUGGAUCUAGUUUACCUGUUUUCCAGAAUGUUCUUCUAAGGUUUUUAGAUACACAGGCCCCCUCGUUGUCGGAUCCAAACAGUGAAUGCGAGAAGGUGGAGUUCGUCAACCUGGUGCUGCUCUUCUGCGAGUUCAUCCGGCACGACGUCUUCUCCCACGACGCCUACAUGUGCACCCUCAUCUCUCGGGGAGACCUGUCUGUCACCGCCUCCACGCGACCGCGGUCGCCAGCAGGAGAGAAUACGGACGAGCACUAUCCAAAGGACCACGACAUGAAAAUGGAGAUUUUUUCUCCCAUGCCUGGAGAGUCCUGUGAGAGUGCCAACCCUUCUCUGGGCAGAAGAAUGUCAGUUAAUGGUGAGAAGCUGUUGAAGAGAGAAAAACCAAGGGAGUUGAUUUUUCCAUCUAAUUAUGACCUCCUCCGACACCUGCAGUAUGCAACCCAUUUUCCCAUACCUCUGGAUGAAUCUUCAAGUCAUGAAUGUAACCAGCGCACAAUCCUUCUUUACGGAGUGGGAAAAGAGCGUGACGAAGCCAGACAUCAGCUGAAGAAGAUUACCAAAGAUAUUUUGAAAAUCCUAAAUAAGAAGAGCAACACAGAGACAGGGGUUGGAGAUGAAGGACAGAAAGCCAGGAAGAACAAACAGGAAGCAUUUCCAACCCUGGAGACUGUGUUCACAAAACUUCAACUCCUUUCAUAUUUUGAUCAGCAUCAAGUGACAUCUCAGAUUUCUAACAAUGUGCUAGAACAAAUCACAAGCUUUGCAUCAGGAACAUCAUACCAUCUCCCACUGGCUCACCACAUUCAGCUCAUCUUUGAUCUCAUGGAGCCAGCACUAAAUAUCAAUGGACUCAUUGACUUUGCAAUACAGCUCCUGAACGAACUGAGUGUUGUGGAGGCGGAACUGCUCCUGAAGUCCUCCAGCCUGGCAGGAAGCUACACGACAGGACUGUGUGUCUGCAUUGUGGCUGUUCUCAGGCGCUACCACAGCUGUCUGAUCCUGAACCCCGACCAGACAGCCCAGGUGUUUGAAGGAUUGUGUGGUGUGGUAAAGCAUGUUGUGAACCCCUCAGAAUGUUCUUCCCCUGAAAGAUGCAUCUUAGCCUACCUCUAUGAUCUCUACGUGUCAUGUAGCCACCUCAGAAGUAAAUUUGGAGACCUCUUCAGUAGUGCCUGUUCAAAAGUAAAGCAAACCAUAUAUAAUAAUGUGAUUCCUGCAAAUUCUAACUUGCGAUGGGAUCCGGACUUCAUGAUGGAUUUUAUUGAGAAUCCCUCGGCCCGUAGCAUCAACUACUCAGUGCUGGGCAAGAUCCUCAGUGACAACGCAGCCAAUCGCUACAGCUUCGUCUGUAACACUCUCAUGAAUGUAUGUAUGGGUCAUCAGGAUGCUGGAAGGAUUAAUGACAUAGCCAAUUUCUCCUCCGAGCUGACGGCCUGCUGCACUGUUCUCAGUUCAGAAUGGCUGGGGGUCCUGAAGGCUCUUUGUUGUUCUUCAAAUCACGUGUGGGGGUUUAAUGAUGUUCUUUGCACUGUAGAUGUGAGUGACCUUUCAUUCCAUGAUUCAUUAGCUACUUUCAUUGCUAUUCUGAUAGCACGACAGUGUUUCUCCCUGGAGGACGUCGUGCAACACGUCGCACUCCCCUCUCUCCUAGCCGCAGCUUGCGGAGAUGCGGAUGCGGAGCCUGGGGCAAGAAUGACAUGCCGCCUACUGCUUCAUCUCUUUCGAGCUCCCCAGGCCUGCCUGUUACCUCAAGCAACUGGCAAACCUUUCCCCGGAAUAAGAUCAUCUUGUGAUCGACACCUCUUAGCUGCUGCUCACAACAGCAUUGAAGUGGGAGCCGUGUUUGCUGUCUUAAAAGCAAUUAUGAUGCUUGGAGAUGCCAAAAUUGGCAAUAACAGUGUCAGCUCUUUAAAAAAUGAUGACUUCACCAUGAGGGGUUUACGACGUGAUGGGAAUGCUGAGGAUAUCUGGACUGCCUCACAAAAUUCAAAAUCCUGUGGGAAAAGCAUUUCCAUAGAAACGGCCAAUUUAAGAGAAUAUGCUAGAUAUGUACUGAGGACCAUCUGUCAACAGGAAUGGGUAGGAGAACAUUGUUUAAAGGAACCUGAGAGAUUAUGCACAGACAAAGAACUUAUUCUGGACCCUGUGCUCUCAAAUAUGCAAGCACAGAAAUUAUUGCAGCUGAUCUGUUAUCCUCAUGGCAUUAAGGAAUGUACGGAGGGGGACAACCUCCAAAGACAGCACAUUAAACGCAUUCUUCAGAACCUUGAGCAGUGGACGCUGAGGCAGUCCUGGCUGGAGCUUCAGUUAAUGAUCAAACAGUGCUUGAAGGACCCUGGCUCUGGUUCGGUGGCUGAAAUGAACAACCUGCUGGACAAUAUUGCCAAAGCAACAAUAGAGGUGUUCCAGCAGUCAGCUGACCUAAACAAUAACUCUUCUAACGCUGGCGUGGGCCUCUUCAGCCCAAACGGGAUUGGCAGUACUGAUACAAGUAGCACAAGGCAGAAUGGAAUAAAGACAUUUCUCAGUUCCUCUGAACGCAGGGGUGUGUGGCUGGUGGCCCCCCUAAUUGCUAGGCUGCCGACUUCUGUGCAGGGAAGAGUGUUGAAAGCAGCUGGGGAGGAGCUGGAGAAAGGACAGCACUUGGGUUCUUCUUCCAAAAAGGAAAGAGACAGGCAAAAGCAGAAAAGUAUGUCUCUUUUGAGUCAACAACCAUUCCUCUCACUGGUCCUUACCUGCCUUAAGGGACAAGAUGAACAACGAGAAGGCCUUCUAACAUCUCUGCAGAAUCAAGUUAACCAGAUUUUAAGUAACUGGAGAGAAGAACGAUACCAGGAUGACAUCAAAGCACGACAGAUGAUGCAUGAGGCGUUGCAACUCCGCCUCAAUUUGGUGGGAGGAAUGUUUGACACAGUGCAGAGGAGCACCCAGUGGACAACAGACUGGGCGCUUCUCCUCCUUCAGAUCAUCACCUCUGGCACCGUUGACAUGCACACUAACAAUGAAUUAUUCACAACAGUUCUUGACAUGCUGGGUGUUUUAAUCAAUGGAACAUUGGCCUCUGACCUGUCAAAUGCAUCCCCAGGGGGAUCUGAAGAGAACAAACGCGCAUACAUGAAUUUAGUCAAGAAACUGAAAAAAGAGCUGGGGGACAAGCGGUCAGAAAGCAUUGACAAAGUUCGACAGCUGUUACCUUUGCCGAAACAGACAUGUGACAUCAUUACCUGUGAACCUAUGGGCUCCUUGAUUGACACAAAGGGAAACAAAAUUGCUGGAUUCGAUUCUAUAGAUAAAAAACAGGGUCUCCAAGUCUCCACGAAGCAGAAGGUGUCCCCGUGGGAUUUGUUUGAGGGUCAGAAGAACCCGGCUCCUCUGUCCUGGGCCUGGUUCGGGACUGUCCGAGUGGACCGGAAGGUGAUCAAGUAUGAGGAGCAACAUCACCUCCUCCUGUAUCACACGCACCCCACGCCCAAGCCCCGGAGUUACUACCUCGAGCCACUGCCCCUGCCUCCCGAAGAGGAAGAGGAAGAGCCCACAUCUCCCAUCUCUCAGGAACCUGAGAGGAAAUCAGCUGAGCUGUCAGAUCAGGGAAAAACCGCAACAGAUGAAGAGAAGAAGACAAAGGGAAGGAAGCGCAAGACAAAGUCCAGCUCAAGGGUUGAUGAGUAUCCGCAGAGCAGCGUGUACCGAGUGCCUCCCAACUACUCACCCAUCUCCUCCCAGGUGAUGCACCACCCACAGUCCACGCUGUGGGGCUACAACCUCAUGGGUCAGCCCCAGCAGCCCGGCUUCUUCCUUCAGAAUCAGUCUGUCACUCCAGGUGGCUCCCGGUUGGACCCUGCUGGCUCCUUCGUCCCCACCAACACCAAGCAAGCUCUGUCCAACAUGCUGCAGCGGCGCUCGGGGGCCAUGAUGCAGCCGCCCUCUCUGCACGCCAUCACAUCGCAGCAGCAGUUGAUACAGAUGAAGCUUCUGCAGCAGCAGCAGCAACAGCGGCUUCUCAGGCAAGCCCAGACGCGGCCUUUCCAACAGGGCCAGCCAGGGGACCAGGCUGCUCUCUUCGCUGCUCAGGCACGGCCCUCCCCUCAGCUCCCCCAGUUUCCAGGACUGCAGCAAGCACAGACCAUACCCCAGGGCUACACAAUGUAUGGAACCCAGAUGCCUUUGCAGCAGACCCCUCAGCAGCAGGCUGGCAGCGUGGUCCUGUCUCCUACCUAUAAUUCCAGAACUUAUCCGGCCGCUCACUCCAACCCAGCGCUCAUGGAAAGACUCAGACAGAUGCAGCAGCCGCCGAGCGGCUACGUUCAGCAGCAGGCGCCACCGUACCUGCAUCCCCUGACCGGCUCCCAGAGGCUGAAUCAUCAGUCGCUUCAGCAGAGCCCUCUGGUGGGUGGAGGAAUCGAUGCGGUGCUGACUUCCGCACAUCCAAACCUUCCCUCAGUGCCCUUGUCUCAGGACCCCAUGAGACCCAGACAGCCACAGGUUCGACAGCAGCAGAGGCUUCUCCAGAUGCAGCAGCCCCAGCAGCCCCCCCAGCCCCAGCAGCCCCCUCAGCCUCAGGGGUCCUCGCAGACCCAGAGUCAGACCCUUGGUCUCCAAACAAUGCAGCCCCAGCAGCCUCUGUUCCCCAGGCAAGGCUUGCAGCAGACCCAGCAGCAACAGCAGACGGCCGCCCUGGUGCGGCAGCUCCAGAAGCAGCUUUCCAGUAACCAGCCACAGCAAGGAGUGACUCCCUACGGGCAUCCUUCACACUUCUGAGUCUGGAAGAGGACAAAGAUACAAACUUUUCUGUUUGCACUGAAAAAUAGAAAAUCACAUUUAAUGCAUUAGUCAUCUUUGGAAAUGUCUGUUUUUUCAUUGCUCUGAAGUUUUCCUAUAUUUUACGCCACAUUUCGUACAAAGGUGUUGAAACAAAAAGUAAUGGAAAGGGUGUGGUUUGGUUUCAUUUCAUUCAACUUGAAAAGUAGGUUUAAAAAUGUAGAUCAUGUGGGCCUACUGCAGGAAGAGUUUGGUAGCAGACUUAAAAAUUGGUGCUCUUAUUGAAUCUCGUAGUUAUAGAAAGAAUGAAUUAUGGUGGAUUUAAAAUAUUUAUGUAUUCACUGAUGAUGUGUGGUUUUUUUUUUUUUUUUUUUUUUUUUUGGCAAACUGUGCUGGACCAAACUACUGAUUUGAAAGGCAUGUCAGAUCUUGACAGGAAGGUGAUCCAUUUACUCUGCAGUCACCUUUGGUGGUGAAGUGGACAUCUAUUUGCAUUGCUCUAAUUUAAAAUAUUUGUAACUUCAUAAGCACUUUAUGAACUUUGUUCUUAUUUAUGUAGGAUUUUUCUUUGCUUUUGUUGUGGUCAAAAGGUGCUGAAACAGAUUGUUGCUUAGAACUUAAACUUCUUAGACCAAGAACUUAACCCAAGGCUUCUGUGAGAGCCACCCUGAGGUACAUGGAAACCCGUUAGGAGUAGCUGUCCUAAAUUUUUCCAUGGCAGGAUCACUGACCAGAGUCUUUGUGAAGGUACAGCAUGUAAAUGCUAAAGGCCAGAAUGAACCGCAGUGGAAUUGAUCCAACUAUUUGCCACAUUUGGCAAAAAUGACUCUGUCCAGUUUGGGUUCUCCUGAACCUUUAUGCCAACUUGAGGGGAAAAAAAAAAAAUCUCGCAGCUGGCCUGAGAUUCCACAGUGCUCAAACUUGACAUGGUUUCCAGAGUAUGGCCCCCAAGUCCAGAGGGCUCUGGUUUUCAUAAGAGAUGUAUUUGCUGUUUAUUUUAUAUGGUAAGUAUUUGCUAUUUUGAAUUUAAUUAUUAAUGUUGGUGUCUGUCUUGGUUGUGUAUUGCAUAUACUGUAUUUAUAAAUUGGUGCAAAAAGCACAAGUAAAGUAAAUUAUACAUCAAAUUUAUUAUAAAGAAAUAGUAACUAUUUUAACUUUGUUCAAGUAUGUGGUAAUUUGCUCCUAUUAGAGUAAAAAAAUACAGUAAAUUAUUAUCAGUUUGUGUAACUUAAGAGUAUUCCAUAUAAUAUUUUUUUAGACUUAGAUGCAUAAAAUUUUGAAUGUGAAAAAUUGCAGGGCAUUUUAAAACAUGUGGGGGAUAUUUUCCCAUGUUCUGUGCUAAUUCAUUUUCUUUUGCCAUAUGAAUUUACAUGUAAUAUAGUCACACAUACUGUGAAUAGAUUUGUCUAUAAUGAGCAAACCAUGUAGAACUUUUUUUAAAAUGUAGCUGGUACAACUUCAGUAGAUCAUUUCCUUUGCAAAUCAUUAUAUAAAUAAUUUAUAUCUUCCUAGGUGAGUUACUCAUUGCAAAGUUUGACUCAUGCAAAUGACCUCAAACCCAUGUCCGCUUACUUUGCUGUGGCAGCAUCCAUGUGAACUGCUUUGUACACUGUGAAACAAUUUCACUCCAGCCCACUCAUUUCAUGUUUACUCUGGGCUGAGAAAGACUUUGCCAAAACAUUAAAGACCAUCCUUUUCACUAAAUUAACAUGUUCUAUCUGCUUUCAGAUGAAUCUUGACAUUUCAGCUAGUUUUGUAUAUCAGGUUUGGUUUUCUUGUUUUUUUCCCUUUUCAGAGUGAUAGAGUUCAUAAAGUUAUUUUUCUUCAAAGUAAUAUAUAAUGACUGCCUUGGCAAAAACAACCGAAAUGUGAAUGUCAUGCCUAGUGAGUACGAGUCAUGUUCUGUCCUGAUUGUUAUUUUUCGUCUUUUCAAGAAUUACUGGUGUUUGAAAUGCCACUUUCAGUUUGAACCGUAUAUAUUUCUAGCUCAAUAUUGCAAACAGCAGUAAGACUGUUUCAAGAAUGAGUGUUAUAAUUGCAUAGCAUUUGUAUGCACUUUAUAUUUUACAGAAGUUAGUGAAAUUAAUUUAUUAAUCAUUUUGCACAUGAAGGCUGUGGGGCAUACCUUUUUGUUGUCAUCUCCCUAUUUUUUAGGUGGGAAAGCUAAGAUAUGGUAAGGCCGUAUGAUUUGAAGAUUCUACAGAGAGUUGAGGAAACACCUAGAACCGGUUUUCCCCCGUGUACUUAUACAGAGAGAAACCAGAAUUUUCUGUCUAUUCUUAUAUUUCUUCCCACUUAAUCCUCUCUCAUGUGAGUUUUCUUUUCUUUUUAGAAUAUGCAUUAAUUUAUCUUGAAAUGAUCACAAAGGAUAACCCUGUCCUUCGGAAAAACCUGAUAAUUUGCUUGGUGAGACAGAGAGGAAGUUAUCUUAGGAAAAAUGGAGCCCCCAGUUCCCCUUAAAGACUUUGAAAUAGAAUGGAGCUUGACAUAGGAAGCCCUUCCAUAUACCUGUUUACACUGUAGGCCCCUCCCUAAAAGGGUUCCAUUUGUCCUCUGAUUGAUCCCUCUUGGCCCGGAAGUAGAAUGAGAUCUCUGUUAAAAUGAGUAUCCUUUGACCACUUGUGGUCACUGGAUACCAAAAUCAGAGAAAGUAGGAAACAGGUUACCUCUUUAGGUGGAGCAAGCCGAAACUUGGUGUGAUGAAGACACAGUGAAGUGUCCCCCACCCCCCAUCUUUCUCAAAUGAUACACAGGGGCAAACAUAGUUCUCAGUUUUGUGUGCUGAGAUACUUGAGCAAGACAGAUGGCAUUU